GGCUUCGCUUGGGACGUUCCGCAACCUUAACACCGCACUGCCGACGCCCCGGUGUCAACAUGCCAACGCUUUAAUUACAUGGUUUGCUGGGGCCAAGUCGUGCUCCAUGAGUGGAGACACGACGAGGCGAUUAUCGCAGCCCGAAUGCGGGGCCUCUGUCCCCAGAGCCUCGCAUAAGUUAACACAGUGGGCUGUGGUACUUCUAGACUCUGAUUAGCAUCUUUGCGUUAUCUUGCUACAGCGUAUUCUUCGUAUCGUUUGGAACCAAAGCACAUUCACCAUGGCCGACCUCAGCAAGCUCCCGAAAGACUUCUAUGUCACGUCUAUGCAGUUCACGAAGAAUGCACACCAAGACGCGUACCCUGCCAUCGAUCCCAGCAUCCCAGAGCAUAGCCUGGCAGGAAAGGUAGCCGUCAUCACGGGCGCUUCGCGUGGUAUAGGAGCCAUGGCAAUGGUACCUGCCUUCGUCAAAGCUGGUGUGAAGGGUGUUGUGUUGCUGGCAUCCAACGCCGAAAAGCUCGCAGCUACUGAGAAGUCGGUCAAAGAGACGAACCCCAACAUCGAAACGCUUACAUACGCUCUCGACAUCUCCGACACGAAAGGCGUCGAGGCCGCCUUCGAAGCAAUCCGGCAGAAAUUCGGGCACGCGGAUGUCCUCGUCAACGCAGCCGGCGCCAUGACUGGAGACGGACCGAAACUGCACGACACGGACCCCGAUCAAUGGUGGAGGAACUUCGAGAUCAACGGAAAAGGCAACUAUCUGCUCAUCCGCUCUUUCCUUCGCCUACUGCCUAGCCCCGAUACACCUGCCACGAUCGUCAACGUAAGCUCAUGGCAGGCGUUCUUUACCGUUCCGCCGCUUGGCGCCUACUUCAUGUCGAAGUUCAUUCUCGACGCGUUGGCUACGUACGUCGCUGCUGAGUACCCGAAUGUUACCGCCGUGUCGAUGCAUCCGGGUCUUGUCGCGACCGACAUGCUGCGUGAGCCCUUCCGCUCGCUCUUCAAUCAAGACAGCCCGGAGCUUGUUGGCGGUACCGCCGUUUGGUUGUGUCAGGAGAAAGCGAAGUUCUUGAGCGGUCGCUUCAUCGCUGCGAACUGGGAUGUUGAGGAUCUUCUCAGUCGCAAGGAAGAGAUUGUGAAGGACGAUUUGCUCAAGCUGACAUUGAAAGGAGAUUUCGGUGUAUGAUUUCUAUAAGCAGCUGCAUCGUAUGAUGAACUUCAAUGCUAUUCCAUGACUAUUACC